AUGAUUUCCACCCAUCCGACUGGCAGACUCAACAACGUUCUGAGACUGUCUCGCCUUUUACAAGAAUUUGAUUCGUUGAUUGAGCAUGUGCGCUUCUAUCGCAGCCGUAUUGAAAAUCUUAGAUCUUUAGCUUUAUUUAAUUCACGUAGAAAAUCUUGGUUAUGGUUGAUGAUAAUUUGGGUUUAUCACUCUAGCUUUGUAGAUGAAGAGGAGUUUGCACAAAAGUCUUGUGGGUGUCCUUUACUUCCUUUGAAAAGUCAUGAUAAAAGGUCCUGCUCCAGUUCUUUCAGGACAAGCGAGUUGGAUGAACAAUCACAUUUUUCCGGAGCCAAUGUUUUCUUUAGAAACUUGAUUAUUAGAGUUCCAUCUGAUAAGCUUCUUAUAUUUGACAUUUAUAUCAAUGUUGGCUUUGAAGAGGCUGAAGGAAUGCCCAGAACCUUGGCUGAAGGAACCAAGCAAUCAUUUAGUAUUCUGAGGUCUGGAGAAUGGAAGAAAAAGCGGGCGGCUGUGAGUGUUGCAUAUAAACCAAUGGGACUUCCAAACAAAUGGUGGAUUGCAUUUGCUAAGAGAAAAUUUAUGAUUGUAUAUUGCUCUUUGCAGUAG